AUGUCAUCUGAUUCUAUGAGUGUUCAUUCACUUAUUGAUAAGUUUUCUAAUUCGGAAAGGGUUUCCAAUGAACAGAGAGGUGUGGGAACAAGGAAAAGAGGGUCCGAAGUACACCAGAAAUCGCAACAGCAACAAACACAACAAGACGAAGUAAACCAAGAGCAUGUCAAAGAAGCUAAUACAAAUAGUAUAGAUGAAACAGGGCUUUUGUCGUUAUUAGGACCUAACGUGAAAUCAUUUCCUUUGUCUGAAGAAGCAUAUAUUGAAUCUAUUAAACUCCGGACGGAGCAGGAGAAAACAAAACAAAGCUACUAUAAAUUGGAAACUGCAAAUAAGAACUUGCUUAUGCUAAAUACUGCUUUAAAGGCUAACAUACCUCCUAAUUUAAUCCCGCUAAUGUAUGUGCCUAAUGAGGACGUUAAUGCAAAGCCUAAUAUAGAUCCUGGAUUUAAGUCUGGUGUUAAACUGGAAUCGUCGUCAGCAGUAUCCAGUCCCUUCCAACAAGGUAACAGGGCGGGUGUCAGGAACUUAUACCAACAGGACACUUCUAGUUCCAGUCUAGUACCACCCAUUAAUUAUAAAUUUGGGGGUAGCAAUACGCCUAAUGCCACAAGAAGGCCACUAUCCCCUGCGAAGAUUGGAGCUGCAGCAGUUGCAAAUUUAGCUACUCCUACAAAUCCUUAUAAAAAUAAUAGAAGAAAUAUUUUACCACUGCAUCAAAGGCAUUUUUCCAUGCCGGCCCCAACUUCUUCGGUCACUCCUAAUAGAAAUAGGGCGACCCCCGGUGAUUUAAAUGCAAUUGAUACCACUUUACAGCCCCAGAAUAAACUCAAACCUCCGUCAAAUAUUUCCACAUUAAAUGCUUCAGGAAACACUUCAGAUUCGGGUACACUACAAUCUCCAUUGGGCGCAACAUCAUCAAUCCAGGUCAAGCCAUCGCCAGCUCAACCAUUGCAUAAACUGACAAGACUGGCUAAUCCACCGUCACAAGAGUCUAUGACAUCAUUUCAACACAUAAUCCAAUUUCACCAUUGGAAACCAGAUGGUCCAAGUGUGGGCUCUUCAACUGGUGGAAGUCCAAUGAGAAUGCAUAAGAGACAUAAGUCAUCAUCUGAGAAUAUGUCAAUAGAUUUAACUCCUAAUUCAUUUUCGAAUAUCAAUGAAAAUGCUCCAGUAAUACGUGUGAAUAACUCACAUGAUAUAGAUAUAAAUUCAAAUGAUGAUCAGGAUGUAGAUGACGACGAGGAUGAUGACGACAAUGACAAUGACGUUGAUGAUGAUGAUGACAUUACAAUGGAGACAAGUACCAUUACGGACAUAAAUGUUUCAAAAAUUCCACGAACUGAAUCUUUUGAUGACUCAAAUAACGAUACUCUGCUGAAUAUUGGAAGAUACCCUCAUGAUAUUUUAUCGCCAUCAAAUUCUUAA